AUGGGAUCAACACCCAACACAAAGAUCCCUUACAUCGAAACACCACUCAUCAAGUCAAACAGCCUCUCAGAGCUAGCCGGCUGCAAUGUCUUCCUCAAGCUCGAAAACCUCCAGCCCUCAGGGUCCUUCAAGUCUCGCGGCAUAGGCAGCUACAUGAUGGCCAAGCUCGCCGCACAGGGGCCAGACGCUGCCAAAGCCCACUUCUACUGCUCGUCAGGAGGAAACGCCGGGCUGGCUUGUGUUCAUGCCGCCAUCACCCUGGGCUGCCAGGCCACCAUUGUCGUGCCGCUGUCGACGACUGCUUACACCAUCGACAAGCUGCGAAAGGCCGGUGCCGCGGACGUGAUCCAAAAGGGCCUCUCGUGGCAAGAGGCCGACGACUAUCUGACGGGCACUCUGAUGGAGGAAGCCCGUGCCAAAGGAGGCGUGGCCAUCUACGUGCCUCCCUUCAACGCACAGGAGAUUUGGGACGGCAACGCGGGCAUUUCGCACGAAAUUGCACGGCAGAUUCCCACAAUGGUCAAGCACUAUCCGGUCUCCGUUGACGGCGCAUCGGACGACGAUGCCACGGCGCGCAUAGCCAACGUCGACGCCAUCGUCUGCAGCGUCGGCGGAGGCGGCCUCUUGUCAGGUAUCAUGCAGGGCCUCGACGAUCUGUCCAUGAAGCAGACUCGAGUCAUUGCUGUCGAAACGUUAGGAACAGACUCACUUCAUCAGGCGGUUCAAGCGGGCGAGCUCAUCACGCUGCCCGCCAUCACCAGCCUUGCCACCACUCUUGGCGCAAGAACCGUCUGCCAGAGGGCCUUUGAGUACGGGCUCCGCGACCAAGUGUCCACCGUGGUCUUCUCCGAUGCCGAGGCCAUUGCUGCCUGCAAGCGGUUCGCUAGCGAGGAGCAUUUCCUGGUUGAACUAUCCUGCAGCGUCUGCCUUGCCGUCGUGUACAGCGGCCGCUUGAAGGAGCUGGUUCCCGGCCUCAACAAGAACAGUGUGGUUGUGUUUGUCGUAUGUGGAGGAUCCAAUAUAUCGUACGAGAUAUUGGAGCAAUAUGUUUCAAGCUUGGCUUCUGCUCAAACGAGCUGA